AAAACGUAAUUAAAUGGGAAUUAUCCCUCUACAUACCAUCACUGAAUGAAAUGGCGUAGGUGGAAAUUACGAACAAUUUUUUCAGAGGGGGAUAUCUUUCCUUUGUUAUUAUUUUAACAGUGAAUGUUAUUAAAGUUAUUAAAAAUAAAAGCGAGAAUUAAAAAAAUGCCAACAAUUUAAACCUACAAAAACGUUUUACGGGUAAUGGCAGAACGCUAUACUUUCGAUUCUGAGAUUUGUACUCUAUGGCCGAAAAAUUAAUAACAAAUGUGGGUCAAGAAGAACACGUAGCAUUUGAUAAUACUUGCAAUCUAAGAAAAGCUCAUAUUAGCGUUGAAGAAGAUUCGGAUGUUUCUCUGAGAGAAAUUUUAAAUACUGCUUUUACUUCUACUGUCGACCAUCAAGAUAAUGUUGCCUUCGAAAGAUCUGAAAUGGCCGAUGAUGGAUUACUCGCGGAAAGUGAUGUAGAAAAUGAUUCGAAUUUGUUUCACCCAAGUUCGUCUAUAGAAGAGAAUACUGCUGCUCAAAGCUCGUAUCCAAAUACAGGCACUUCGUUUCAUCAAAGUUACUAUUUGGAUCAUAAUUACGUGUCAGGUCCUACGUCAAAUUCUGUUAACAAACGAAAGAGAUCCUCCAUUGAAAACGAAAUGUCUUUCUCGUCUCGCUUAAGGAUCAAGAAAAAUAUCGCGCUGCCUAUCAACGAAAAUACCAAUUUAUUUGCGAAUAAUUAUUUCAAUUCGGAACGCAACUACACGAAUGGCCAGAUUCGUGGUUCGAUACCUGUCACUCAUGUUCGACGUCCUCAGCAGUCGGAAAAUGAAAUACAAACACAAUACUCGUCGAUGAGUUCUAAUGAUAUUUCAAACACAAACGUCGGCUGUAUCAUACCGAGUGGGUCUUCUCGUUCGGAGGAUGGCGACGCUGGCAGCCUUAGAGUGGAAUGUUCAUCUUCGGACGGAGAUGAUGAAGAAAACGGUAUCGAUUUGUUGAGCUUACGAUUCGACACGAACAGAGAGGAGAACGGGUACGAUUUUGCCGCAUCGUCGUCAACGAUUGAUCCAGCUCCAUCCACGUCUUCGGGCACAGUCAGUGUGAACGCGAGUAUAAAAGAGGAAAUCGUACCGGUGGUUGAUUUAACCGAAGAAAAUGGCGAUUUCGUCGAUGCGCAAACUCUACAGUCUCCACCCGAAGUCAUCUACACGGCGAUAAAUUCCGAAUACGCUAGACAAAAUGUGAAUCACCCGCCUCACAACGGCGUCAACAUACCACUACCUCAGCAGCACUUUCCAAUCCACGUUAGCGUAACGAUUCCUCAAUGCCCUUAUUUGCAGUCGUGGGAAAUCAAUCGUAAUGUAUCGCCUGGACCUGCUCAAGAAAUCUUAGUUCCUCCGCUUCCUCCACCACCUCCUCCUCCUCCGUCAACUAUUUCGAUAAUUUCUCCAUCUACGGCCGCUUCGCCUGCUCUGACACCUCAUACUAUUCCUCCGACUACGGUCGCCGCACAAUGUAGCAAUUACACCACUCCGUCGCAGCACCAUACAACGUUACCACCACCACCGGCUCAUAGUAAUAAUAUUAUAUACCCUCAUCAUAUAGGCCAUUACCAUCAUACGCCUCUUGUACCAAAUAUCGUCGGACCUCAGAUGCCUCCUCAACCUCCAGCUAGGCCGUAUCCAGUGCAUCAGCGUUUGUGGCAGUCUCAUCAACGUGUACAAGAAUUAAAUCGUCGCAGAAUGGAUCAGCAUUUUUAUAGCAUGCAAGGAAACGAACCAUGUAUGGGAAUUAAUACUACCGCUUCCACACAAACGCCUCCAAAUGCGCAUCUUAAUUCUUCCGGAUUCAUGCCAUUAGGCUUGAUUCGUAAUGCACCUACUCCGUCGACAUCGGUAAGACCACCGCCUCAGAAUGGUCAUUACCAUUGUCCAAUACGCCAUCAACCGUUGCCGGCUGUCCAACAGCCAACCGUAUUUAGCCAUCCUGAAGUUGCCAAUCCGCAUGCUACCAUUGGUAUACCGCGAAUACGUCGUGCUAAUCGAACUGUAUUGCUUCCGCAAUAUAAUGCUGAGAGUAAUGAACCAAGAGCUCAACCUUUACUUGUCCAAAGCGAAAAUAUUUCCUCGUAUAAUUUACCCGGAAAUAACGAAAGUAAUCCCAAUAUUCAAUUUAUUCAUCAUCAUCAUUAUCACAUGAAUCCGUUUCGAUUGCAUCAUGUGCAUAUCAACAUUACUCAACCAACGGUGGUCGCUCCAAUCGUUACUGCCGAAGUUGGCUCAAUUCAGCCUUCUUAUCGUAACUUCACCGCGUACAGACUCGAAGAUUACAUGCGUUUCUUGGAACGUCGUUCUAAUAAUAUGAAUAGAGGCGCUUCUCAAGAUACUAUCGAACGUUUCACGUUUCCUCAUAAGUAUAAGAAGGUUAAACAAGAAUCAGACGAGGAAGGAGAUAAAUGUACCAUUUGUCUUUCGGAAUUCGAAGAUUCAGAAGAUGUGAGACGACUGCCCUGUAUGCAUUUGUUCCACAAAGCCUGCGUCGAUCAGUGGUUGUCUUCCAAUAAACGUUGUCCUAUAUGUCGCGUCGAUAUCGAAGCGCUUCUAAAUAAAGAUUUCAACGGUGCCAGUUCCGUCAACAACGAACCCUCGAGUACUACGUUUCCCGAGAUCGCACUCGUGCCUUAUGAAAAUUAGCAGCACUAUAUCACUAAAGGAGAAAAUCCUCCACGAAGCGAAGAAAAACCAUCAUCGUUGCCAUUUUUUCUUAUACAAAAACCUGCUGCGAUCCCACAACGUAUCCAGGUUUUUUUUUCCAAAUCGCAGUAAGAUGCUUUUCUCCUGCGCCCUCUUCCCCCUCCCCCCUCGUCGAAGUGAUUGAUGAAGUCGAGCAUGUGGUUAUUCGUGUGGCCUGCCUGUGCACACUUUCUCGUCACGUACUGUGAUUUACACGUAUCCAGGUACUAAAUGAGCGAAAAUUGCAAAUUGAUUUUAUUAUUCAAGGUGAAAAUUUUAAAGUCUUUUUAUAUUUUUACUCGAUUUGUUGAUUUUACGUCGUUAUGUGUAUCGUUAUAUAUUUUUCCCUCUGUCCUAUCCCCUUUCUUUCCCCCCUUUUUAUUUUAUCCGAGAUUAUCUACACCAUAUUUAUGUCCACGUUAUUGGCAAAUUUUUUUACAAUGCCUCUAAUUACGAUAGUAUUUAUUUAUUUAUAUUUUUCUCUUCACUGAAAAUUAAUUACUUACGCAUAUAAACGUGCGAUACGAGGUUUUCGUUAAUUAUUUUUUAUGUAGAAAAAAUUAGUUCGAUGGGUUGUAAUAAUUUAAUAUUUUAAUUCAACGCAACUUCCUGAGGGAUUUUUUUGAGACAUUUUUAAAUAUUUUCGUAUGCCUUCCAUUUAUUACUAUUUUGGUAAAAGCCUGUUCUUUUAUUUUAUUAUUAAUUCGUUUUUACCCUAGAAGAGCUGGUCUUGGUGUUUUUUCUCUCCUUUUUUUUUUGUCGUCUCUUAUUAAUCUAAGUUACGUAAUUUUUUUCUAAAUUUUAAUCACUCGUAUUGGUUUCUCGUACGCAUUUAUGUGCUGGUUAGUGAUUUUUGAAGAUUACGAGAAAGAUUAUUUCUUUUUUUUUUUUACUCUAUGAGAUGAAACGAAAUGCACUAAAAAGGGUGAGUGAUCGAUGGUGGGAAGAGAGAGAGAUGUGUACGAUGCGCGUAUCCGAGUAAACUGCUGGAAAGUGUAGAUUUCAUUUAAUUGUAUUUAACUUGCUGCUACUUAGUAUGUGUGUGUUUGUGUGAUUUUUUUUAAAAACAUAUUUUAAAACUUUUAGAAUACCUAUGAUUUUUUUUUCGUAUUUUAACGAGUAAAUUGAAUUUUAAUUUCUAAUUUUAACAUUUUGAAAAUUUUUCAUUUUAACGUGGCAAUUUAACUAUUUAUUUCAUUUAGUUGUUUUUUUUUCUCUUUACUUACUCUUUGUUUACGAGAAAAGAGCGAAGGAAAAAAAUUCACGUUUAUUGGGAAGAAUACUAAUAUGGUUUCGAGAAUAAUAUUGAAAUCGAGUUUUCUUUUAGUAUUUCGAUAAAAUUCUAAUUUUCUACAUUCCGACGCUUAGGUAUUUUAAUUUUUUUUUUUUUGCCAAUAUCAAUCUACUUUGUUAUAAUUUUUUUUUUCAAGUUUUCAGCUUUUUGAUGGAAAGAAAAAUAAUAAUAAGCGAGAGGUUGAUUUUUGCAAUGCUGCGGUCUAAUCUGUUUUAGCAAUUUGAUUAAGUUUUAAUUUACUUUUUUUUUUAGUUCGUUUCACGGUUUUUAAUUUGUUUUUAAGGAUUUUAUUUUUGACUAAUUGUUUUUCUUUUUUUUGUUUCAAAUUCUAUUUCGAUCUGUGAAGUGUUUCACGUUUUCUUUUUUUUUUUUUCUGUUAGAUUUUUUCCAAGUUACGUUUUGAUUAUUAUUUUAAUACGCUUUUUAGAUAUGAAAAAUUUAGGUUUUUGAUUAAAAUUAACCUAGUUACAAAAAAAAAUUCACAAAAAAUGUGUUUAAUUAAUUUUCUCUGUUUUUAAUGUUGGCCACAGUACCAAAACCUGUGCGCGACUUUUUUAUUCGUGUUUGUGUGCAUGUGUGUGUGUGUUUUUAUUUAUACAUUCCAUUUUACAGUGGAAGCUUAGAGUUUUAUGAGUUGUGAAUUUUGUAUACGAGUGUUUUUUGUUUUUUUUUUGGCUUACCCUAUUUUCAUAUACCUAUUCUUUUACUCGAUACGUGUGGUGGUUUUUUUCCUGUAAUUUUUAUCCUUUUUCCGGUUUUCUUCCUCACGGUUUCUUUUUUUUUCUUUUUUUUGUUUUGUUUUAUAUUUUUAACAAAGCUUUUCUAUUUUAUCUGUGAUGUGAAUAGUGUCAAUUACUUUGUUUAUCGCUUUUAACGAAUAUUUUAUAUUUUAGAGGCGUAGGUGUGAUUUUGCAACUUUAUUUAUCGCUUUAACGAAUGUAUUUUAUAUAUUUUAGAGGCGUAAGUGUGAUUUUGUUUUGGAUUUGCGAGUAUCUAAAAAAGUGUAGCGAGAGUUUACCUAUUUAAUUAAUGUGUUUUUGGGUUUAGAAAUAUGAAGAAAACUAACGAUUUUUUGAAUUUUAUUUUUUUCAAAGAUAUUACCUAAGGUAAAAAUUGCUAUUUGGGUUUGGUUGGAAUUGUUUUGAUAUAAAGCUUGAAACUUCGAUUACAAUUUGAAAAAAUUGGAAAAAAAUCAAAAAUUUCUGAAAAUUACAAAUUUUUGGAGUUGAUUUUUCAAUAAAUCCUUUUCUAGCUUUGAGGUAUUUCUUGAACUUUUUUUUUUUUUUUUUUUUUUUUUUUGAAAGGGCAGAAUGGUAACUUUUUUGUUAUUUUUUUAAUGGACCUUCUUAUAAAACUUGAAAAUUGAAAAAAUGUUAGCAAUAAUUUUGAAUUGAAAAUAAAAAGAUUCCAUGUUUGCUAAAAUGACCUAAGUACAAAAAAAAAUGAAAAAUACUUGAAAGUAAAAAACAAAAUUUCGAGAAAAAAUUGAUAAAUUCGAUCAUUUUUUUUUUGUUUUGACAAAUGGAAUUUAUGAUCAUGCUUAGAAAGUCAAAAUUUGAAAAAAUUAUACAUAUAUGUUGAGCAAUUGUUUGCAUUUUUUUUUUUUUUUUAGUCGAAUUUUGUGUAAAAGAAGAAGAGGAUUUAAAUCAUUAAUUUGGAAGAAAAUAUUUGUAGUUAUUUUCAGGGCAAUUUGUAGCUUAUGUAGUUUUUAUCAACAAUUAAUUCAUUACAUUUGCGAUUACUUACCUCUUUUUAAAUUUAAAUUGAAACAUUUUACGAUUAUUUUCACCAUCGAAGAAUUACUCCAUUACUCGCUACGUUUUCAUAGCAAAAAAAAUACCUCUAUUUUUUUAUUUUAAUAGUUUUCUGUGUGUUGUGUUUUCUCACUUUUUUCUCUUCGAUUCGAGUAGUACUCGUAUGUACGUAUUUUAGAUAGGUAGAGCUUGCUAUGUAUAAUUUUUAGGCACUCGCAGCUUGAAUGGUGUUCCUUUUUUUUAAUACAGUGUGUGUAUUUUUCCGCUGUUAUAUAUUCACAAAGCUGGAUUACGUAUUAGUGUGUGAUGAUUUAUACAUUAUACUGAUAGUAAACGUGUGUGCAUAGACGAUGUAGAGGAACGAGGCUUGGAUUUUUUUGGUCGAGAAAUGUAGUAUUAAUAUAUUUUUGGCGCGAAAAAAGGACCAUUAGUUGAUAAGGUUACGCUCCCUUCCCCCUUUUUAAAUUUAAUACUUGGUACCUGCAAAACAAAAUGUGUUUAUGUGUAGUUAUUUUUUUUCUUUUUUUUUUGUGAGUUUUCGUGUAUGAUUAUUUAUUAACUAAUUUCACGUUGCGUUUUUACACAAAUAUUUAGCACUAAAGUUACCUAAAAAAAAAUUUUCUUAUGUAUUUUCUGUGUUAUUAUUUACUUUAUUAAUUUUUUUUUCUUUCUGUAAAUUUUAAAAAUAUUUUUAAAAAACGAGGAACUAUUGCAAAAAAAAAAAAAUGAAAUACAUACGCUCAUUCUUAUCGCAAAAUAUUAUAGUACUGAAUGGAUUUUGUUUUCAGUUCUUUUCUUUUUUAUAUACGAUUGUAUUUGUACGGGAAAUGAUAAUUUAAUAGUAAGAUGGGUAAUAUAAUAAUUUAUAUUAACGCAUACGAUUUUCCUUCUUUUUACUACAUAGGUUUUUAAUCGGCUUGUGUGACUUUUUUUCUUUUUUUAGUACGUAUAUAUUUUUUUUGUGCUUAUAUCGUAUAUGAAUAUUCCUGUAUACUACAUUAUUUUUGUUGUUAAUGUGUGGAGCUUAUUUAUUACUUUAACGUAUUUAAUUUUACGAGUACUGCAAUGGGUUUAAUAUUCGGCGUUUAAUCUUAUAAUAAUAAUAUCUACUAUUUUAUUAUAUCAAAGGUUUUUCUCGAAUAUAUAUACUUUUUUUUUAAAAAAAUAGUGUGGUUCUCAGCGAAACAUGCACUUUUACGUCAUUUGUAGUUUUCCAUUUGUUAUACCAGUAGGACAAUAAUGUUUACAAAUAUUUUUAUAAAUUUUGUACAAAAUAAUCUUGUUUGUCGGCAAUUAUCUUCAGUGUUUCAUUUUUUUAAAUGUUUCUUUGCACUCUUUAUUUACUUAUUGGUGUUUUUAUUGUUUUUUUUUUCAAUUUUUAUUUUUUUUUUAAUUUAUAUUUCUCUGGUUAUAUAAAAAGUUUAGCAUAUUUUAGCGCAACUUAUGUCAUGUGUUGUGUUUGUAUUAUUUACGUGUUCAUUUAUAAUAUUCUGUAAUCUUUCAAAGUAUUUAUGUUACUAUGUAUUUUAUGUGAUGUAACAAAACAUUAAAGAUUGAUAAAUAUAUACAUAUAUGCCAAGAGUA